GUAACAGAUUGUUUUCUUUGACACAGGUUUAUUGUUAGUCUGCUUUCACUUCAAAAACGUUUCCUUUCUCAACUGCAGCCUAUACGUUAAGACAUAUGCCUAACCGACUGUUUACUGUAUUCGCAAAGACUCGCAUUAAUUUUGUCUGUGUUUAUACAUCCAUGCACACAAAAAUCAGUUCCGUCAACUAUCCUGAGUGAAUUUAAUGCUCGCUUUGUGCCGCCUUCUGGCAGUCCUUACAUCGCGUCCUGACACACGAGUUUGAACGAGAAUUCAUGCGUUGACGGUAAAGGCUACUGCACAGACGGACAUUGCAUGAAAAUGUGGACAGUGGCAAAAUAAGAUGCCUAUUUAUACUACAGAUAGGCUAUCGAUAUUUUACGCGUGACAUCGAUACAUCGUAUCGACGCUUGAUCGAUGUAUCGAUCAAUGGAUCGUUAUUUAAGAUAUUCCUUUGAAGACUGGAAUGAUGCUGAAAAUUGAGCUUUGCUUCAGUGUCAGAUGAUCCUUCCUGCAGAUAAUAUCCUGUUUUGCUGCUCAAGAAACAUUUAUUGUUAUUAUAUAAAACAUAUUUUAGUGGAAAGUCACAAUUAAGUGUAGUUUACUUUUAAAAGUUUUGAGUGAGUCAAAUAUUUCACAAUUUUACAGUUUUAACUGUAGACUAUUUUAAAACACAUAAAUGUAGCCUUGGUGAGCGUAAGAGAGAGAGAGAGAAAAACAUUCAAAUCGUUUAUGAUUUUUGUGUAAUGCCUUAUCAGUGAUUGUCUUAUUGGCCGUAUCAUCACAUUAUUCAUUCAAUGUUACUGCGCAUGCAUAAAAUUUGGGUUUCAUUGCAUGUGGGUAGAGCCACAGAAUCCUAAGAUGUUGAAUGUUGAAUGCUUGGUUCUCAAUAUUCAUAAGCCUUCUCACUGGAAGGUAGAUCCAGAUCAUCAGAACUAUAGGCUACUUGUUUCAUUUCUUUUCCAAAAGGAAACAUCUGACAACACAGUUAGACCAUGUCAGACAGAGGACCCAGGGGUGAAGACACUGUGGACGGCAGAAUAGUCGAUCAUACGGAUGCCAAACCACAUUCAGAUGUUUCUCAAUACAACAUGGACUACCCCAGUCUGGGACAAUGUGUCGUCAUCAACAACAAGAAUUUCCAGAGAAAUACAGGAAUGGGAGUUCGUAAUGGGACAGACGAGGAUGCAAAGAAUGCGAUGCAGACCUUCUCAAAGCUGGGCUUCAAAAUCAAAGUUUACAAUGAUCAGACCGUCUCACAGAUGAGAGAUUUGUUAACUAAAGCGUCUCAGGAGAAUCACAGUCAAUCAGCCAUGUUUGCAUGUGUGUUGCUGAGUCAUGGAGAAGAUGGAAUGAUAUUUGGCACAGAUGACUGUAUCGAGGUGAAGGAACUGUUUGCACUCUUCAGAGGAGACCGCUGCAAAUCACUGGUGGGGAAACCCAAGCUGUUCUUCAUUCAGGCUUGCCGAGGCACAGGUCUGGAUGCUGGCAUUGAGUCUGACUAUGAAAGUGAAGAGGUAACACAGAAAAUUCCUGUUGAGGCAGAUUUUUUGUAUGUCUACUCCACUGCACCAGGUUAUUACUCCUGGAGGAACGUUGCUAAUGGCUCCUGGUUCAUCUCCUCACUGUGUGAAAUGCUGUCAAAAUACAGCAAGCAACUGGAGAUCAUGCAGAUCAUGACGCGUGUCAACCACAAGGUGGCGCUGGACUUUAAAUCCUCCUCCAAUCUUCCAGGGUUUGAUGGCAUGAAACAGAUACCGUGUAUUGUGUCUAUGCUGACUAAAGAACUCUAUUUCCAUAAAUAAUUCAUGUGUAUUUUACUGAUUAUGUUGCAGUGGAAAACAAACACUUUUAAAUCAUUUAAAAAUAAUACUAAGCAGCCAUUUAAAGCACUGCAGACUGCAGCCAAAAUGGGAAGAAGGGAUAUAAUGGGAAUUUAUAAUUAAUCAUUUAUUAAUUAAAGUAAUUAAAUAUUUGAAAUGAUCUGUAUUUUUUCAUCCUGGUGUCUGACAUGUUUACUGUGCUGGAUUUGACUGAUCUUUAAGCUGGGUCACACAUUGGAUGUGGUUUGUUCUGCUGGAGUUGGUAAUCCAUCUGUGGAAAGUAUUGACAUGAGUAUAUGACAUUUCUGUCAUUAAUUACUCCCCCUCAUGUCGUUCCAAACCCAUACAACUUUCGUUCAUCUUCGGAACACAAAUUAAGAUAUUUUUGUUCAUACGUCGUGGUACUCUCCAAAAUGGCAGAAGCCAGUAACUCGGGGAGAACAAUUCUUAAAGGGUCACUGGAUGCAAAACUCACUUUAACAUGUUGUUUGAACAUAAAUGUGUGUUGGCAGUGUGUGUGCACAACCACCCUAUAAUGCUAAAAAUCCACCCGGUGGUAUUUUUAAUCUCUAUAAAUAAUAUCAUAAUAUAAAUAAUAUAAUAAUAUAAAUUGUAGUUCAAAAAGGUAAACACAACAGUUGAAGUUGACUCAAGAUGGGUAAAAAAAAAACUCUGCGAAGUUGCAUUAGUCAUCCGUCACCGACCGUGACAAGUAGACUUUUGAAGAUGGAAUAAUGAGUGGAUUAAGAACAGCCUAACAUGAAUGGAAAUUUUUGGCAAGGAGGAUUGUAUGCAAGGCUACCGACAGUAGUUAAGGUAGUUCGUUUUUUUUUUCUCGCAACUUGUUUAUUGACGUAAUAGCAGUUAGCUGUGCAAUACGUGCUGAUCGGGUGCAGUCGGGUCUGUGUCUUCCCAGCCGGGUUCAGGUCCAACUUUAGAAUAAUGGUCGGGUCCGUGCCGGGUCUGGGUAGUGCAUUUAAGGCAUUUCUCGGGUCUGCAUGGGUUCGGGUCCCACUUUCAAAUAAAAUACAGGUCUGGGUCAGUUCCUUGCCGCACAUUUAUGGGUCUCUUUGGGUUCAGGUAUGAAUUUUUGGACCCAUGAAGACCUCUACCUAAGACCCGCCCUGAGUGAGCUGUAACAAUCUGACUGCCAUUGUUUAAAUGCCGGAGCAGGGACGUAGACAAGAAUGGCUCCUAAGCGAUUGAGGUGUUUUGUUGUUGGAUGUUGUUGUUGUUGCUAGUUAGCAAGUUUCGUGGCUAAAUGCGGCUAAAGUAAACAGGACGGCUAAUCACUCCGCAGAAGAGAGGGGCGGGGUGAGCACAGCUCAUUAGCAUUUAAAGGGAAAUGCAACAAAACAGGUUGCUGUGAACAGAGCUGAUUUUAACAAGGUAAAAUGGGUGUUUUUUACACUACCAUUGAGAAAUUUUAACCAAAGUAUGUUAUAGACUUUUCAUUAAGACCCUAAAGAAUCAUAUCAACUUGUGGAAAAUGGGCAUCCAAUGAACCCUUUAAAUAAAUUAUUUUAUUGUUUUCUUUGCACACAAAAAGUAUUCUCGUAGCUUCCCUAAAUUGAAGUUGAGCCACUGAUGUCACAUGGACUAUUUUACCGAUGUCCUUACUAUGGUUCUGGGACUGGAACGUUGCUGUCUAUGCUGGGUCAGAGAGCUCUCCGAUUUCAUCAAAAAUAUCUUAAGUUGUGUUCUGAAGACAAACGAAGGUCUUGCAGGUUUGGAAUGACAUGAGGGUGAGUAAUUAAUGACAGAAUUUUUAAUUUGGGGUGAACUAUACCUUUAAUGUUAUGUUUUCCCGAUCUCUGUCUGAACGUAUCAUUACAUUUCGUAAUAUCAAGCAUAUGGACUUUCCUCUAUUUUCUACUUCUGUCUCUGGGCUUCCUGCCACUAUCCCUGUUAAGUCUCUGUUUAAGACUGUUAAUAAACUUCUUAAA